AUGGCUCAGAAGAUAUUUAAAUAUGACAUAAAGUAUGGCAAAGCAUGGAGAGCAAAGCAAAGGGCCUGGAAGAUGAUAUAUGGGGACUGGGAGGAGGGGUACGAGCAGCUGCCAGCAAUGUUCAAUGCAAUGAAAGCAGCUAAUCCAGGCAUGCAUUACGAGUACAUUCCGAAGCCUAAUGAAUGGAGGAAUGGGAGGCAGAUAUUCUUUCGUGCAUUCUGGUGUUUUCCACAGUGUGUCCAGGCCUUUAGGCACUGCCGUCCAGUGUUAUCAAUUGAUGGUACUUUUCUACUUGGCAAGUACAUGGGCACUCUUUUGGUAGCCAUUUCCUAUGACGCUGACAACGCAUUGGUUCCUUUGGCUUUUGCUUUGGUGGAGAGAGAGAACAAAGACAGCUGGGGUUGGUUCAUGUGCCUUGUUCGGAUACAUGUCAUUGGCCCACAUAGGGAGGUUGGUGUCAUAUCUGAUAGGCACCAGGGCAUACUCAGUGCCGUACAGGAGCAGAUUCCUGGUUAUGCACCUUUGCACCAUCGUUGGUGUACUAGACACCUUGCAGAGAAUUUACUUCGGAAAGAUGGUACGAAGGACAACUUUCCUCUAUUCGAGGAGGUUGCUCGAAUGCUUGAGGUGCCGUUUUUUGAGGAGAAGUUGGAGCAGUUAAAAACCGCAACAAAUGCAGAAGGUAGGCAGUGGCUGCUAGGUUUGAUGAGGGAACCUGAGAAAUGGACAAGAGCCCAUGAUAAUGGUGGAUGGAGGUACGAGUUUCAGACUAGCAACAUGGCAGAGUCAUUUAAUAGUGUGCUCAAGGGUAUACGUGCCAUGCCAGUCAAUGCCAUUGUAUCUUUUACCUUUUAUAGGCUAGUGGCCUGGUUCAACGAUAGACAUGCUCAAGCAUUGCAAUUACAGAGUAAUAAUAUGAAAUGGGCACCUAGACCUAAGAAGCACCUUGACAAGGCAAAGGAAAGGGCUAGGACACAUGACAUAGAGUGUUUUGACCAUGCCACUGGCAAGUACCAGGUCACUGAAAGGGGUGGUACAACGUCAGAUGCAGCUAGGCAUCGCAACUUUGACUACGAGACCAAGAUACCAUGGGAGUUGAGUGUUGAUAGCCUUGUGCUAACUUGGUCGUCCCGUUUUGAGCCUUUCCUAGAUGAGGGGCAGUGGCCAGAAUACAUUGGCCCAAGGAUGGAGCAGUUCCACCUCCUGGAUCCAUACUACGAGGAGAAGCACCGAGGACGACUCACUGCCGAGGGGGCGGAACUACCCCCGCUUCGACCUCGAACGCAUGACAAGUUCUAG